AUGGAUGUCCCCCUUAUCACUUGUCUACAACCUAGUAAGAGGUUUAUGGUUGACGACUAUGUUUGGAGCCAUACCAAGUUAUGUCAAUACACAGUCAGAUCCGGAUACGUGAUCGCUACUCAAGCAGCCCAGGAGAUAGUUGAACCAAGCACUACCAAGUUAAAGAGUCAAGUCUGGAAACCGAAGACGUCACGGAAAAUCAAACACUUCUUGUGGCUAGCCCUCUCGGGAUGUGUAGCUUCAAAUAGCCGUCUAGCUGAUCGACACUGCGGUACAGACAAGACAUGUCACAGAUGUGGAGAUGAGGAGGAAUCGAUUAACCAUAUCUUAUUUAGAUGUCCGCCGGCUUUGCAGGUGUCGGCUCUUUCCAAUAUUGCAACUAUUCCGGGGGUCUUCCCGAGUAAUUCGAUUUACACAAACUUUGACUACCUACUCUGGCAAGCUAAGGAACAGGGAACUCCGAAAGAUCAGCUUGAGGUUUUCCCUUGGAUCUUGUGGUACUUAUGGAAAGCGCGGAAUGAGAAAACGUUUAACAACAAGGAUACAUCCCCUUUAGACACGCUGGAACUUGCUUCCUCGGAGGCGGCUGCAUGGAGAUUGGCUCAGAUACUCGAUUCCUAUGAGGAACCAGAUGAUAGUCAAGACGAGGAGGUGGAGGCCGACGGGGAAAUCCUCGGAGAGUUUAGAUGCCAGAUUGACGCAUCUUGGGAGUCUAGGGAUCAGUUUGCGGGUUUGGGUUUUGUGAUGUUGGGUCCGGUACGAACUUUUGGCUUGAAAUGUACGCAGAGGCAUCUCUCGGUACUACACGCUAAGCUUGCAGCGUUACUAUGGGCAAUGGAGUCAUCGAUUCACCAAGGAUGGACAUUGGUCCACUUUGAGACUGAUUGUCUUACCAUUAUCAAACUUACAGAGGAGAUCGAUGAUUGGCCCAGUUUUUCGAGAGAGUUGAGUUCUUUUUCUGAUCUAAAAGCUAAAUUUUUGGUCUUUUCCAUUUCUCAUAUUCUUAGAACUUUAAAUGUCCGUGCCGAUCAUCUUGCAAAGAUUGUUCGAGCGCAAGGUUCUUUAUUUUACCAUGUAGACUCGAUUGUUCCGUAG